AUGGCAUCCCUUGAAGAGGAGGAGGACCGUGAUAUGGGAGGUUCCCAAGAUGGAAGCUCCGACAACGAGAACGACAUCGAUGAUACGAUGCGUGAUGCCGACGACGCCGACGGAGACAAUGACCAAGACCAAGAUCAAUAUCAAGAUCAAGAUCAAGACCAAGACCAAGACCAAGACCAGGAUCAAGAUCAAGACCAAGACCAAGACCAAGAUCAAGACCAAGACCAAGAUCAGGAUCAGGAUCAAGAUGCAGAUAGCCCCUCCAACACGAGUCAGGCCUCCGAUGGGGCAGGAAUGGCCUCACAACAGAACACGGAAGACGAUAGCUCAAGGCUUGACUCAUUCUCUAUAUAUCAUCCCAGUGUACGCCCCGAGUGCCUCACCGCCAAGACGUACGAUGUCAUACCCACAACUGCUGCGCCGCAUGCCACAUCGAUCAAUGCCAUUACUGCUACUGCAGACAUGCGUUGGGUCUUCACGGGAGGGUCGGAUGGUUUUGUGCGUAAAUUCAAUUGGGCAGAAUCCAUUAACAGCAAGCUCAUGUUGACCGUGGCACAACGGCAUCCAUUCGUAGACAGUGUCGUGAAGGCUGGAGUGCUGAUGACGUACUGGGAGAAUAUGGAUGGGAACCACUUGUCGCCGGUAUAUUCUCUAGCCGCCCAGAGCGAAGGCUUAUGGCUGCUUUCUGGACUAGAGUCUGGUGCAAUUCGACUGCAGACUCUGCGCCAUGAUGAGGGCAAGGAGGUGGCUCUUCUUCAACAACAUACGUCCGCGGUGUCCUCGCUGAACUUGACAUCAGAUGAGAAAUCACUACUGUCUGGAAGUUGGGACAAGCGGGUAUUCGACUGGGAUCUGAACACGGGACAAGCUAGGCGAGCAUUCGGAGGGAGUGCUGGGCAAAUUUCUGCAGUGCAGAUCCGUUCGGAAUCAGCUCUUCCAGUACCAAAGGACACGAUUGAUUUCCAUCAAUCUAAUGGUACAUAUGCAUCCAACUAUGCUGCAGCUGGCACAGACAGUUUCAAUUUCAUGGAUACGACAGAAGAUGCCGGAGAGCCAGGCCAAGCCGAAAACCCGCAGGCGGGCUCACCAGCGGACUCACUUUUUGGAGGCGCAGAUUCUUUGUUCGGCGAUGGAAGUGGAGGGGGAGCCGACGGCGGCGCCCCAUCUGGGGGUGUGUUUGGGGUAGACGAGGAUGAUGAAUUUGGCAGAGCCAUGGCCCAUGGAGCUAUGGCGGAUGCAGAUGCACCAGGUGAAAUUGACGAUGAAAUGGCAGCACCCCCUAGCAAUGCAAAUGCUCAAAACGAAACAAACAACGCCACCGAACAAUCACCUCCGAAGCCAGAAUCCCCAAGUCAGCAAUUGGAUUUCACCGAUUCCAGCAUCCCCACUGGAGCAGUACAGCCUGUUACCAAUGGCAUCCCCAAGGCAGAGGAUCUUGAGACUUCUCAUUUUAAUGACUUCUCACAAAACAACCAAUCGGAACAAGGCGUCCAAACAGAUAACACAUUUCUGGCUGCAUCGAUUGAUGGCACAAUCCGCAUAUGGGAUCGCCGACAGCCCGAUCCAGUCGCUCGAAUCUCUCCUCACAAUGUCCCUCCCUGGUGCAUGAAUGCUUGUUGGUCCCCCGAUGGAAACUACAUUUAUGCCGGACGACGAAACGGCACUGUGGAGGAAUACAGUCUUCAUAAGGGCCUCCGAAAUGCUGAGCGGACAUUUAAAUUCCCCCAAGGAAGUGGGCCAGUCACAGCACUUAGGGCCAUGCCGAACGGACGGCAUCUUGUUUGCGCUUCUCAUGAUAUUCUUCGACUCUAUGAUCUGCAAAACGAGCAGAAUGAGCAGACCCGUUCAGCUGUACCCUUCCUCAUUAUUCCAGGCCACCGGACAGGAACAAUUUCACAGCUCUAUAUUGAUAACGCUUGUCGCUACAUGAUCUCCACGAGUGGAAACCGUGGCUGGGAAGGUAACACUACUGAAGUUCUCCUUGGUUAUGAGAUUGGAGUCCCUCAAUAA